CGUAUUAAUUUCAACAAACUCUACAACUGCAGUUUGUAGAAUACCGUUGCUACAGCUGUUGUUGCGAAAGCCUUCGACUUGUCGUAAACGAGGCAGAAAUCACUAUAAGCGCAGCUAUUUAAUCCGUCAAUUUUACUGCUGUUCUAUGUUAACGGAGUAAUUAUGUUUUUUUAAAUAACCGAAGUUGAAAUGUUUGGUUGACAGAACUAGUGGCCUGCUAAUUUCAUCUGAUGCUGCAGCAAACAUUCGCAUCCGGCGGACACAAACAUUCGUCCUUUAUGCCACAAUGUCUUCAGUAUUAUUUGCAGGUUUCUUGUUUAUCGGCAGUUUAUCAUCCUCAUCGUGCGCCAUACUAAAGCACAAAGGGUUUAUUAGCUCAGAGUUCAACGCCAAAGGUAACAGGCCUGCGGAGCCAAAGAUUUGUGAGACACCAACAUGCCAGAAAGUCGCAAGAUUCACCAAGCAAAGUAUGAACGCUUCGGCGGACCCCUGCGAAGAUUUCUAUGAGUAUGCGUGUGGAGGCUGGAGAGCUAACCAUCAGAUUCUGGAUAACGAAACCGACAUCCACAACUUCCACUACCUAGAACUACAGACCAAGAACAUUGGACAAGAAAUGCUGCGGAGACCUGUAAACGAUAGUUCAUCCUAUAUCUCCGAGGUCAUACUUAAAAAGUUCUUCAACCAGUGCAGCGAUGAUGCAACGAUCAAUGCAUUGCGUGCCAAACCGUUGUUAGAGCUGCUGGAUCACGCCAUUGCCGGAUGGCCCAUCAUAACGCCCAACUGGAAUUCCUCCAAGUUCUACAUACAUACAGCUAUGCGAAGCACCUUCCUCACGCGAACUGAACCGUUCUUCCAGAUCAACAUCAAGCCAGACGUGGAGAACCCCAAAGUAAAUCUUCUUGAAUUCGCACCACCGGCUACUUUCGCCGGUGUGGACAUUCUAUCCGAUGAGGUCACGGGCAAGCUGUACACGGAAAGCUUCUUGACGCUGGUCACGAACAUUACGGCCUUAUUGCUGAACGACACCAAUUCUCCAGCCAGCGUCGAUGAUUUUUCGGCUAAUAUCACCGAUCUGAUUGACAUGGAACGCCAAUUCGGCAUGGCACAACUGUCAGCAACGGAAGCAAAUAAUGACGACAUCUACCUAAACAAAAUGACCCUGGGCGAAUUUGAAACGCGCUAUAACUUCAACUCUUCUGUUUUUCGUAACACAACGCACCGUCUGCGCUUACUCUUUGACAACGCUAAAUUGGGUUAUUUAAUCCAUUACGGCACGAAGAUUGUUCUGCCCAACUUGACAUUUUUUCCUAAACUCGACCAGAAACUGGUGGAAUUUGAGCAGCAGGGCGAAGAGGGAACACGCCGUCUGGCGACGUACAUUGGUUGGCAGAUUAUUAACGGGUUCACGGAUUAUCUCAACAAAGAUUACCGCGACGCGAUGUUAGCGCAUACGCAGCGUAUUAGCGGACGCGUGCAGAAGCGGGAUCCCUCCGCCGGGGAACGCUGCUGGGAUACCGCCAAGGGACUGAUGCCAUUGGCGGUCGGGGCGCUGUACGUACGCGAUGUUGUCCAGAAAAGCGUCAAGCCCAAGGCGACGCAAAUGGUCAAGGAUAUUCAAGAAGGCUACCGACAUAUGUUAGCUAAUGAACGCUGGAUGGAUAAUACUACGCGUGACGCGGCGUUAAAGAAGCUCGCAGCGAUGAUUAAUGUCGUCGCGUACCCGAGCAUUUACGAGAAAAACAUCAGUCUUGUUGAUGCUGAAUAUGCCGACAUUAAACCUCAACCAACAUUUGUGAAAACCGUCAUGGAGAUUCUAAAGAACUACGCAGUACGAGAAAUGAAGCGUCUGCCCAAACCCAAUCAACGGUACGAUCCGAUUCGCGAUACGGAUGAUGUCACGGAGGUUAAUGCCUUCUACAAUCCUAACCUGAACGGUUUAAUGAUCGACGCAGCCAUCCUACAAAGUCCGUUCUAUUUGCCAGAUAAUCUCAAGUGUAUGAACUACGGAGGAAUCGGCUCGGUGAUCGGCCACGAGACUACGCAUGGAUUCGACAAUCAGGGUGCCAAGUACGACGAUCAGGGCGUACGACGGGUGUGGUGGACGGAUGUCACACAGGCGGCUUAUAACGAAAAAAUCAAGGGGAUACAAUGGCAGUACGGGAAUUAUACGACAGAGACCGGCCGAGUGAAUGGCGAGCUGACGCUGACGGAGAAUAUCGCCGACAACGGCGGCAUGAGGGCAGCAUAUGAGGGUUACCAGCAUUAUUCGCGUCGAAGUAACCCGGAACCGGCACUUCCUGGCUUGGAAAAUUUCGGCCCAGACCAGCUUUUCUUUUUGUCCAAUGCACAGAUAUGGUGUGAAAAAGUGCGCAUCGAAACCCAAAGGGUUAGCAUAUUGACUGAUGAGCAUUCGCCCAACAGGUGGAGAGUCAACGGCAUGGUGUCCAACAUGCCCGAGUUCGCUCAAGCAUUUAACUGUUCUGCUGAUGCCAAAAUGAAUCCAAAGUCAAAACAUGUGGUGUGGUAGAACUAGUACAGUACUUUAUAGGAGGUUUGGUGUGGGUUAGAUAACGAUAUAUCUGUCUGCUCCAUGAGUUAAAAACAAGUAAGCAAUGAAAAAAUCAUCUUCUACGGGUACUUCUUUAUCGUCAUUCUUGUAAGUACUUGGGCUCGCUCGUAUAAGUGGUGUAGACUGUCUAAGAGGCAACGUUUUGUUCGAUGUACGAGUACUUAAGGUAUACACAGCAAUAUUAUGCCGUACGUAAGCGCCUCCAGUACAGUAUGUACCAGAAACCGGAACCGCUGUUGCUGAUUUUGCUCGCUACUUUCCCUGACAGCUGGUUUUGACAUUUGCACAGGUUUUUAAUUGCAGAAAAGCGCAGUAAAUUUUCACGAUGAAUUUCUGUUACUAAGAGAGAUGAUGAUAUGUUCUUUGUUUUUUGUAAAAAUGUGGAUUCUGGAAUAGUACGUCGACCUUCUG